CUAAUCUCCCGCGUCUUUCCGACCGUAUCUCCAUCUAUUUCUUUGCUCCUAUCACUCUCUCACUCUCCCUGAUUCUCUCUACUCGUCAAGCAAAAGCAAAUGCAGCGCCACCACCGCCCGCCCUCCACUGCCACCACUCCGGUCGGCAGCGUCGUCACUACUGACGCUGCCGAUCCAAAGCGUGGCAAAAAGCGCGGGAACUAUAACUGUGGCCGAUGUGGCCUCCCGAAGAAGGGACACUCCUGUAACAUCAGCAUUGCCUCCACGACGCCCACCGCUGAUUCUUCUUCCAUCGUCACCUCUUCUCCUCCAUUCCCCACCCCUCCUCCUCUCCCGCCACGCCAACCCUACUCGCACCUCCGCCGCGCUCUCUCCUUUGACGAUCACGAGGUCGACGAAUCGGUUGUAUCAGAUGAUGAGGAUGAAACCGGCAUGUCCCUGGAGAUGGGGUCCGAUUACGGUGGAUCUCGACUUCCUUGGAGCUGUUUGUGGGAGGUGCUGCGGAGGUUGCCGCCGCCAGCGCUGUUGUCGGCAGCUAAGGUUUGUAAAGGGUGGAGAGACUGUUCUAGGAGACUUUGGCGGGUGGCGGAGGAGCUCAGGCUUAGGGUUCCUGCCAAGGCUCAAGUUGGGUUUGUUGGAUCGAUGUUGCAGAAGUGCUCUGGGCUUGUUAGGCUCUCCCUGAGGAUGGAAAGUGACGUGGAUGCAACAAUGUUGGCCUGCAUUGCAUUUUCAUGCCCUAACCUAGAAUCCAUGGAGAUCAAUGUAUCUGAUACUGCCAUCAAUCGGAUAUCUGGGGAUGAAUUAGGUCGGUUUGUUUCUGACAAGCGGUGCCUUUCGAGCCUUAAAAUGGAAGGUUGCUCUAACCUUGGUUGUGUCAACCUCAGUUCAUCAAGUCUGUCAACUCUUUGGCUUUCUGAUCUCUAUUCCCUCUCUAAGAUGGUUUUUAAUUGUCUCAACUUGAAGGAGAUUUCCUUGGAUUUUUCUCGACAAGAAAAUGAUUGUACCGAUCUUGUUGCCAUGGUAGAUGGUUGGGGAAGGAGUUGUCCAAGGUUGCGAAACAUUCACAUUGCAUCUGUUAAACUUUCUCAUGCUGUUGUGCUUGCUCUUACUGCCGCAAAUUUGAGGUGUUUGCGUAUGCUCUCACUUGUACUUGGUUCAGAAAUCACUGAUGCAUCUGUUGCUGCCAUUGCUUCAACCUAUGAAAAUCUAGAAUUGCUUGAUUUGAGUGGGUCCAGCAUCAGUGACAGUGGCAUUGGGAUGAUCUGCAAUGUGUUCCCUGAAACUUUAUCAAGGCUCCUUGUUGCACUUUGCCCUAAUAUCACCUCAAGUGGCAUUCAAUUUGCUACUGCACAGUUGCCCAGUCUGGAACUUAUGGAUUGUGGCAUGACCAUAUGUGAUCCUAAUACAAAAAGUGAAUCCUCAAAGGAAAAUGAGCCCCAUCACAGCAGUGGUUGUGAACCUACGUGCAUACAGAAGUCACCCAAUAGCAAGCUGCACCAUAUUUAUCAGAAGCUUAUCAUCAAACAUUGGAGGUUGAAGAAACUCAGCCUGUGGGGUUGUUCUGGUUUAGAUGCCUUGUAUCUGAACUGUCCAGAGCUCAAUGAUCUGAAUCUGAAUUCUUGUACAAAUUUGCAUCCAGAGAGAUUGCUACUUCAAUGUCCACAGCUGCAAAGUGUUCAUGCUUCAGGAUGUGAAGAUGUUCUAAUUGAAGCUAUUAAGAGCCAGGCUUGUAAGAAUUCUAGUGCUGCAGAAGAUCACUUCCCAUGCAAGCGUUUGGCUGAUGGUUCCAAGAGGGUCCGAGUCCCACAUCAUCUCUCUCCACAGCCAUCGGAAGAUGAGAAGAGGAAGAGAGUUCGAAGACUGCAGUGUACUGUGCAUGUGAACUAAUCAGAAUAAAUUCUUUCUUUUGCUUUUACUGUAAAAUUUGGGGCUUCUGCCUUGUAAAGCCCCAAUUUCUAUAACCACUCAUAGUGAUUGUAUUGGUGGCAAUGCUUGAAGUAGCCAUACUACAUGCCACAAAUUAAUCUGGCUUAUGUUUAAAGCAAAAACAAUGCAGGUAACGAACUUUAUAUAGCAGGCUUCAAGUC